AUGGAUGAAAUUGUUGGGCUGUGGCUAGAAAAGAGCUCUAUUGUUUUGUUUUUGUCGGAAGAGUUCCUGGAAUAUAUCGGAGUUGGCAAUGGAGCAAGGGCAGGGGUUGUCUUAGUCUCCCCUUGUGGGACACUUCAUGAAAGCGCUAUCAACAUUGACUUCCCCGCCACAAACAAUGAAGCCGAGUACGAGGCCCUGUUGGCUAGUUUGCGUUCGGCUAUUGCAAUGAAGGUCGACGACCUGGCAGUCUUUUACAACUCCCAACUCAUAGUCAACCAGGUUCCAGGGGACUAUGAAGCUCGGGACCCCAAGAUGAAAUACCAAGAAACGGCGGCCGAACUUAUCCAGCACUUCAAGAAAUUCAAGAUUGAGCAAAUCAAUCACAAACACAACGCCUAUGCCGACGCAUUCACCGGCCUAGCUUCGACAUCCAAGGCUUCAUAA